ACAUAUUGAUUAGUCAGAAAAUGACUCGUGAAUGAUAAAUUUGUUUUAAAACAAAUGCAUAAUAUUGCGAUUUGUGUUAUUAUUAAUUUCUAUCUUUGUGAUGUUUUCGUAAACUAAAAAUUAAUAAGAAUUAUGAAGAACCUGUUGACCAGGCACAAGCAAGAAAUCCGAAAGCAAAAUGCCUUUUUUCCCAAUAGAAUAGCUGCUGACCUAACCGUGGGGAGAGAUAGUUUCCCAUCAAAGCACGCAUGGUCUAAAAGCAGUACAAUUCCAAAGCUUGGCGUACUUUUUGUUGUCAUUUGCUUCCUUCUGUAUGUUUUAUGGGGGACUCUUGAUGUUACAAUUGCUGACUCCACCGAUUGCAAUCUCUCAGAUGAGACAGUACACGCUCGGCUCAACGAGUCUUAUCUUGUUUGCAACGAGGUUCUUGUUGACCAUCGAGUUUUUGUUCACGACCGCGCACUCCGCGAUUAUGAAGCCUUACCUAUGAUAUAUUUUGUGACGCCCACAUAUCCUAGACGAGAGCAGAUACCUGAACUCAUUCGGUUGGCAUAUACACUACUACAUGUACCACGUAUUCAUUGGAUACUUGCAAAUGAUCUUAAAGCAUGCAAUGCUUAUAUAGAUGGUUUACUCAAAAGAUUUGGUUUACCUUUUACGCACUUGGCAAGUCCAAUGCCAGAAUUUUACCGCAAGAAAAAGCCAAUGCCUCGUGGUGUAGCCAACCGCCGGGCAGCAAUACAAUGGUUACGACAGCGAAAUAUCACAAACGGAAUUCUCUACUUUGGUGAUGAUGACAAUACGUAUGACUUAAAGUUAUUCUCUGAAAUAAGAAAUACACAACGGGUUUCUAUGUUUCCUGUGGGACUAAUUGAAGAGUACUCCGUAAGUGGACCAGUUGUACGAAAGGGAAAAGUGGUUGGAUUUCUAGAUUCAUGGGUAGCAGAAAGGCGCUGGCCAGUGGAUAUGGCCGGAUUUGCAACGAAUUUGGCAUAUAUGGCUGAGUAUCCAAAUGCUAGCAUGCCUUAUAAACCGGGCUAUGAAGAGGACCUUUUUCUACGUAGUAUCCGGUUAAAUUUAAAUAUAAUUGAACCUAAAGCAAAUAACUGUACAGAAAUAUUGGUUUGGCAUACACAAACGAAGAAUCGUGAGCGAACCACUCUACGUAUUAGCAACAAAUAUCUCGACGAUCGGUCAAAUCUUGGUACGCUCAUAAAAUCAUUGGAUGUAAUGGGGAUUGCGAACUCUUCGGAUAACGAAGGACGAAGGGCUGUUAUUAGUAAAAAUGGAAAAGCUAAACCAUUAAGCUAUUUUUUAAGUACAAAUUAAAAAAUGUGUAUUAUAUAUAUUGUACUAUUUGCAAUCUGUUGUGGUAGAAAAAAAAGAAAAGUCUCUGGGCAACAAGCUUGCUAUAGUUUUUUGUGAUUUGUUACAUGGGGCAUUAUUUCGAUGUUAUCUAUCAUCCAACGUUCCAAUAACCCUCAUAAAAACUGUGAGCCAUUAAUAUACAAUGUUUCUAUUUCGUUUUUGAAAUGCCCAACAUAGCAUCACUCAAAAUGUUAUAUAGAAUCAGUUACCCGAAUUGUGUAAAAUGUAACCAAAAAACUAUAAUAUGUUAGAAACGGCGUUUGCAGAUAAAGAUGAACAACAUUUUUAGCCUACCUUGUGAUUUUUCAUUUAUAAGGGAUAAUCAGAUUAAAUUUUCAAUAAAUUUUUAAAAAUAUUUAAUAUA